AUGCAACCAGUACGCUUUAAGAUUUACCAAGGAAAACAGGCUCGUCGUUUCCGUUUGAAUUACGAAGAGGAACCGAAGAAAUUCUUCGCUCUUCUCAACGGAAAGUUGGCCGAUUUGGGUUUUACAGGAAAAGGACUCCGAUGGAUUGACGGAGAUGAUGAUGAGAUUCAUUGCCUCAACCACGACGAUCUCUUAGAGGCUUUGACCUAUUCGAACGGUGAAGAGAUUCUUCUUCGUGCGAAGAAAGACAAAAAGUUGAAGAAAGAGGAAUCGGAGAGUGAUAGUGAGAGUGAAUCGGAAGACUCGGACGAUGAUGAUGAAAGUGAUGAAGAAGAAGAAGAGAAUGAGGGGACUUUGGUGAAAGGUGAUCAGAAAGGUGAUGAGAAAGGAAUGGAGAAGAAAGGACAUGGAGGACAUGGGAAACACGGACAUCACAAGGGGCAUUGUCAUCAUGGAGGACAUCAUGGAGGACAUCAUGGAGGACAUCAUGGAGGACAUCAUGGAGGACACCAUGGAGGACACCAUGGAGGACAUCAUGGCAGGGGUGGAAGAGGAGGUCGAGGGCAUUGCCGUCCUGCUCGUCCAUUCUUCGCGAUUUGUUACCCGUUGCCACCGAGGCACGGCCGUGGAGGACACGGUGGACCACCGCACGGUCGACAUGGACCAUUCGGACCACACCACGGGCCACAUCAUGGAGGACAUCAUGGUGGACCUCACCAUGGAGGACAUGGACCACACCAUGGUCCACAUCACGGACCUCACCAUGGCCCACAUCAUGGACCCCAUUCUCGUGGACCACAUGGCCAGGAGAAGCCAUUUGAGAGUGACUCGGGCUCGGAUUUCGAGUGCUGCUCGAUGAGAUCUGGUAUGAUGGCCCCACCAGGUGGCCCAAUGGGUUUCAUGGGUCCAAGAAUGGGUUUUGGAAUGGGUGGAAUGACCGGCAUGAUGCCUGCACCUCAAAUUCCGCAUUGUCCCGUCGAGGAAGAUUUCGCCUGUAUGUCAAUCGGAUCAUCAAAGAAAAUGAAAAAAGACAAGAAAAAU